AUUAAUGAGCGAGCUCGCGGCGAGGGCAGGAGCGGAUUUAAAAGCGGCCUGGGCGGGCGGAGGGGGGCUGUGGCGAGAGCGCAGAGCAGAGCGCCGAGCGCCCAGCACAGCGCACAGCCACCAGCGCCCGGCACCCACCGACGUGGAGCCGCGGGAGCGAGCGAGCGGAGCCGGGAGGCGCGCUCCAGACCGACAAGCUUGUGCGGGGCCGUUGGCAGCGACGGGCGGGCGCCCUCCCGAGUCCCUGCUCCCCCGCCGCGCCCCUCCGGCCAGCAUGAGGUUCCUGACCGCCGCGCUGCUGCUGCUGCUCCUGGCGCUGUGCGCCGUGCGCGUGGACGGGUCCAAAUGCAAGUGCUCCCGGAAAGGGCCCAAGAUCCGUUACAGCGACGUGAAGAAGCUGGAAGUGAAGCCAAAGUACCCGCACUGCGAGGAGAAGAUGGUUAUCAUCACUACCAAGAGCGUAUCCAGGUACCGGGGUCAGGAGCACUGUCUGCACCCCAAGCUGCAGAGCACCAAACGGUUCAUCAAGUGGUACAACGCAUGGAACGAGAAGCGUAGGGUCUACGAAGAGUAGGGGAGAACUCUGGACAGGCAAAUGGCAUGCUGGCAGGAGGCACACAAAGGACUUUGCAGAUUCUCAGAACAAACCAACCCUUUCUUUCUCACAGGCGUAAGACACACAUUACAUAUUGUUACCAAGCACUUUUUACCAAGGGCCAGUUUUUACAUUUUAUAGCUGUGCGCAAAAGGCUUCCAGAUGUGAGAUGCCGUCUCUCUUGCACUCCAGACUCCAUCACAGGCUGCUUUGGACUGAAAGGGGGGAAACUCAUGCCUUUGUAAUAGAAAGGAAAAAAAAGACAGAAAAAAAAACACACACACUUAAAAAAAUUUUUGUCCUGACAUUUGAGCUUUAUAAGCACCCGGAGGAAAGGGAGCUUGGUCGAGACAUUUCAUAGCAGCACUGCGCCCUUGCUAGUGCUGAUGCUUCCACAGCAGGUCUCGGAUCCUGGAGCAAUUGCCCUGAGCUCUCAGGGUCUCCAUGUGGGCCACAGUUCAGGGGGAGCCAUUGUGACCUCUGCUCCCAGCCAGGCAGGGCCAGAUCUCUGCAUCUGUUCUUUGGAUGCCUAAGAAAUAGGCUUUCUUCCCUGUGGGUCUAAUUUUACACACUUUAGGAAGCACCUCCAAGAUCCUGGGGUGGUGGCCUUCAGGAGGAGGCUGGUUUUCUCCCCAGUGAGAGGUGCUGGCUUCAAAAUUUAAUGCUUCCAAAGCACAGAAAGUCCCCACACCCAAGGGAGAACCAUAGGAGAAAAUGCAAACAUGAUUGCACACACUGUCCAGCACAGACACUCAAUCUGUUGACAAAGGAGAGAAACUUCCAAGCCUGUUCCUUCCCGGUCACAAGGAAAACGCAGCAUGAACCUGUCUACCUGCGCUGCCCACUGCCUUCUCCCACAGUGAACAAGGCAGCCGUCCUGGGAGAGCUCAAGACGGCUGAGUCCUGGCCCUUCCCUUUGUACAUAUCCUAUACGGAGCCCUUACCUUGCCCCUUUAGCUUAUGUUGCGCUAUAUCACCCUGUCAUAUGCUACGGAGCCUACAGAGCUGGGUAGCGUUGCAUGCAGGUUUCAUAUUCUUUGUAAGUCAAUAAAAUAAAAUAAAAUAUAUUUGAAAUGCACCAAAA